AUGACCACCCGCGCCAAACUGGAGAUCCAGGGCGAAAUCAGAGACAUGAGCCGCAACUGGUCCAAUGAAGAGUGGACGAAACGACGGCGGCUGGUCCAGUUCAAGCGCAUCCAGCAGGAUUCGGUCAUCAAGGUGGAGUUCAUGCCCCUGGCUUUUGAGGACUACGAGCCCGGAAUGGCCUGUGUUAGCUGCAUCUACUGGGAUCAAAAGGGCGAGUGCGUCAUCACCAGCGUGGACGCCAUCUAUCUGCUGGAGCAGCUGGUCAAUUGCAAGUUUACCAUUGAGGAAAAGAAUCGAAUUCGCCGAAACCUCGAGGGAUACCAUCCUCUGACCGUUUCCAAGCAAAAGCCCUCGUCGGAGGACUUUUUCAAACUCAUCAUGGGCUUCCCCCAGCCCAAGCCCCGAAACAUUGAGAAGGACGUCAAGGUAUUCCCCUGGAAGACGCUGGGCUUGGCACUGCGAAAGAUCAUCUCCAAGUACUCGGCCACCUUUGGUACCCCCUCACAUCAUCACUACCCCAUUUCGAAGACCCAGGUCCAAGGCAUCCAUCAGCAGCAGGUGCAGGCACAGCAGCAGCAUGCUCAGCAAUCCCAGCAGGCGCAGGUUCAGGCCCAGCAGGGCCAGCAGCCUAGCCAAAGCCCAGCCUACAUUCGUCAUUCACAGCCCACGCCGCCCCAUCUGCCUGUCUACAGCCAGUACCAACUCACAAGCGGCUCGGGAUCACCGCCCAACCUGCCACCUGUCAUGCCACGACAAAUGCCUUACUACGUGCAGCCCGGACAACCGCCUCUGCAAACACAACUGCCCGUUCCACAACCACAGACGCCGUCGUCGCCGCCUUCUAACCCUUACAGGAUCAACGCCUACGACGGAACCAGCAGUAGUGCUGUUCCUGGCGCUUCUGCUCCUGGGGCUCCUUCCGUUGGCGCCACCGCUCCUCUUCCAUCUUCCGCUGCCCCGGUUCCAGGCGCCCCCGUUGCUCCUGGCGCUCCUCCGGGUGCCCCCAUCCAACAACCGUUCCCCAACCCGCCCAUUAAUGGAAUGACUAACCACAACCUCCCCGUUCCGCAGAUGUAUUAUCGUUAA